GUACAUCGUCACCCGGUCGACAGUUUUCGCAGCGACCCCUCCCGUGAUAUCCCCUACCAGCCCGCCCACUGUCACACACGUCAAAAUCUAAUUAUCUUAAGUGGUUUGAGACACCAUCAGAAGUCUUUUUUACGCCCUAGCAGUCACCUGCCAUGUCAGACACGCGACCUACUCUAAGCACCUCGCUUUCAUCUACUAGCACGUCAUCUACGAACGCAACUCGCACCCUGAAGCGACGUUUGACGUCUACUUCGGACCUCCCUUUUUUCACGCCUGCCGCCGCAUCAUUUAAGCCAAAGCCAUAUACACCAAACGGCUCCUCAGUUCCUGUCCCGCCGCCGCCUAAAUUACAACCUUCUAUGCGGAUGCAUUCAGCGUCAUCCUUAGUUCAACAUAUGCCUAUGAUGGAUCCUUCCCUGUCUGACCCGAAUAUAUUUUUUAUUCAUCCUCCGUUCGUUGCCUUUCCAAAUGCUCACCUGUACCCGGAAGGCCUCUCCUACUCGUUGAUGGCUACGAAUCCGGAUUGGUUCUUAGAUCAGAACGAUUUUGUCAACGGGUCGUCUACCAAUCCAGAUGCAAUCCCUUAUCCUCCGCAGCUUGAACCGCCCAGAGGAUGGUGUCCAGCCAAGAAAAAGGAUCUCAAGGCUUUGGGCCCUGACGGCUGGCCCGAAGGUGAAGAGCCCAGGCUGCGUUGCACAUUCUGCAGGAGAACGUAUGCAGGGGUCAAUGCAAAAAGUAUGUGGAGGCGACACGUAUAUGAGAAACACAAGAUUGCCAUGUCGAAUCGUCGUGAGGGACAUGAUCGUACUCGUGGUGGCCGCGGAUCUGGCAGGGAACGAAAUAACUAUCACGAUAAGGAAAAUUAUACUGAUGAUCAUCGGGGUUCAAGGGGACCAGAUAACAAAUCCAGGAAGUCAAGAAACUUGUCCUCAAGGAAUAGUAUAACACCUACCCCAGACCCAGAGGAUGAUGACGAUGCAGAUGAUGAUGAUUUCCCCGUGCCCUCUGCGCCUGUCAUUGAACAGAAUGAGUUUCCUGCACUUUCGUCACCUCCCGUCCUCAAACAUGCAAAGCCAUUGGACGAAGGAGUCACGCUAACAGAUUCCUAUAAUUUACGGGCAAUUCAAAUUGAUGACUCGAGUGCAUCCCCAAAAACAUCAAGAUUUGCUAUCCCCAUGUCUCCUUACGACCCGACAUUGACACCAUCGUUCCGCCAUUCUCCACCGCGUCUUCCUUCAGACCAGCCCUGGCGCUUUCCGAGUCCAAGCCACCCCCUUCAUUCUGGGGCUAGGGAGUUUUGUUUGUCGAUGCUCGCGCGUGCGACUCCUGUAACGAAAGGUUCAUCUGUUAUCGAUUCAAGCUCCCCAAGCACUGGUACGACGAGUGUCAUGAAUACUCCCUGCAGUACCACUUUCCGCGGAAAAACGUUCGGCGACCUUAGUAGCAUAUUCACCGAAGGAAGCUCUCCCAUCAUCUUUAGACCUUCACCACGCCACUUAUUUUCUGACAAUCGUUCGCCAGUGCCAGUCUUUACUCGCCUUGACUUCCGCAAACGCUUGAAUGACUCCUCACUCGGCGGCAGUCUACGUCGCAAGCUUGGUCAUGACCGGAAAAAAACUGCCAUGAACAACUCCUUUGACUUGCAGGGCGGCUGGCUUUCUGAUAACUCGCUCUCAUCUUCAGUGAGCAGUGCAGCGAUACCAAGCCCUGCCCGCUUAACCAGCGAUGAUCCCUUUGGGAGCCCGUUCAAGCCGCUUGGAUCUACCUUGCGACACCCGCCCGAAAAGAGGGUCAUAUCGCCGCCUCUAUCUAGUCCAGAGGCGGAAAGCCCAGUGAUGAGACAUUUCCGUCUACCGGACAAUGAAACGUCAGAAUCCAAUGACGGUCUCGUUGGCCUAGGCAUUGGAUUGAUGGCACCGUUCGAUCUUUCUACUUCAGCGGAGGAGAAGGAUGAAGCGGAAGUCGAGGGAGUGUUAAUUGAUGUUGCGGAUGAUUUGGCACCACCAUCAAAGAAACGCAGAGUGACGUUUGGUUAGCCUGAGUGAUUUUGUUCGUUUGUUCUACCAGUUUUCGAUCCGCUUUGCCUUUGUAUGUCGUUAUAUCUGAAUGGUUUCCGCUAUUUAUCAGCUCCAGAAUUUUUCACUUGGCUUUGGCAAUUGUUUCAGAUUUGUACAUGUACACCCGCCCAACCUACCUUACUUGUAUACUGUUUUUCCUUGACAUGUAUUUGUUCCUACGGUCAUUUGGCCUCCCCAUGGCCGGAUUUCGCCCGGAGUGAGAUCUCAAAUUCACAACAUGAUUAAUCUGAUCCUAUCCCAG